AUGAGACGAAGUAGAAUCAUCUCUGUCGAAGUGAUGAAAUCUCGAGAAGACGUAACAAAACUUAUUUUGUCAACAAAAAUCCAAAAAGGUAUCACAUGGAAAUCGGUAGCGGAAAAAAUUGGUAAAAGCAAAGAGUGGACAACUGCAGCAUGCUUAGGUCAAAUGACCAUGACGAAGGAACAGGCAGAAAAAAUUGUUGAGAUAUUUGAUUUGCCAGAAAGUGCAUUGUCAUGGCUUCAAACAGUCUCUCAAAGGGGUACAUCAGGAAUUUCUUCCGAUCCACUUCUCUAUCGAUUACAUGAGGUGAUAUCAGUGUAUGGACCUACAAUUAAGGAGCUAAUUGUGGAAGAAUUUGGCGAUGGUAUAAUGAGUGCAAUUGAUUUUAAUCUAACCGUUGCGCGUGAAAAAAAUGAGCAAGGUGAUCGAGUAUCACUUGUAUUAUCAGGCAAAUUUUUACCUUAUAAAGAUUUUUAA